AUGCGCUCCGACCACGGCAUCAUCCUGCUGCUCCUCAACGGGACAGCGUGUUUGCUGGCUCUUGGACAGGACGAUACCCACUCCUCCUCUUCUUCCUUUCUCUCAUCUUCGUCAAAGUCCUCCUCCCCUGCUGACUCCUCUAAAACUCUAGGGGUUCUGAGUGCUCAGGGUUCGGUCUCACCCCUGAGCCGCUGGAUGAUGCAUAGCCGAGGCCGUGCUGCCAAUACUUCCAUGAUGGAGCUACCCUACCGCUCGCCUGUUCCCUUCUCCAAACAGGAAUUUUGGGAAAUGCUGGGUAGUGACCUACUUAAAUCGGACACAGAUGCGUUGGGGAACUCCCGUGUCAAGCGCCGUCCCCCGAUUGUCAAAACAGGCAAAUUUAAGAAGAUGUUUGGCUGGGGCGACUUCUACUCCAACAUCAAAACGGUGCGCCUCAACCUGCUCAUCACGGGUAAGAUUGUGGAUCAUGGGAACGGAACCUUCAGCGUCUACUUCCGUCACAAUUCCACUGGCCAGGGGAACAUUUCGGUCAGCCUGGUACCUCCAGUGAAAGCAGUUGAGUUUGACUUAGAGCGCCAGAGUGUGGUCUACCCUAAAGACUCCAAGAUCUUCAACUGCCGUAUAGACUACGAGAAGGUUGACCGCAGCAAACGCACCUCGCUCUGCAACUAUGACCCCUCCAAGACCUGCUUCCAGGAGCAGACACAAAGCCAUGUGUCCUGGAUCUGCUCCAAACCCUUUAAGGUCAUAUGUAUAUAUAUUUCAUUCUACAGCACUGACUACAGACUGGUUCAGAAGGUCUGUCCAGAUUAUAACUACCACAACGAGAUGCCCUACCUACCUUCAGGGUAGAUCUAUGAGGACAACCGAUCUAAAGGGGUGAGGAGGACUGGUCUGGGGAAGGGGUUUACAUAUGAGGGAAAUCUGGAGGAGUUCUAACGAUAAUUUGUGUGG